GCCCCCCCCCCUCUCUUGCUUACUCUCCGUCUAGCUGGAAAUUCAACAGAAAACCACUCGGCGGGCUGGCUUGGUGUUUCAAACGUCUCGCGGCUUUAGAAUCGACAAGAUGACGUUUUCUGUGCUAGAAUGGAUCGCCGUUGUAACUUUAGCAUUGGUUGGAUUUAAGCUAUCAUGGAACUUCUUCCAUUUUUUCUUCACCACAUUUAUUGGAUCCUGGUUCAAGUUAAAUCUCAAUCUGGUAGAUUACGGACCGUGGUCGGUUGUCACGGGUUCGACAGAUGGAAUUGGCAAAGCUUAUGCACAUAAGCUGGCCGCAAUUGGGAUCAACGUCGUCCUUAUAAGUCGGUCGCCUUCUAAGCUUGAGGCAACAGCACGAGAAAUUCAAGCUCUUUAUCCACUCGUUCGUGUUAAAACGGUGGCCGUUGACUUCACUGGGGAUCGUUCUAUUUACAAGGCCAUUACCUCUGAGUUGAUGAACUUGGAUGUUGGUAUUUUGAUCAACAAUGUGGGCAUGAACCCUGGAUUUUGUCAGCCUUUCACGGAUCUAGAAGACGAGAACGUUUUGGACGAUAUUAUCCAUUGCAAUGUGUUGUCCAUGGCUCGAAUGACUCACAUGGUCUUACCUGGCAUGAUUCGUCGGGGUCGAGGUGUUAUCCUUAAUAUCGGAUCUAUUUCAGGCGCUUUCGCAACGCCUCUGGCUACUGUUUAUGGCGCCACGAAGGCCUUUGUUGACAAAUUCUCGCGUGAUCUGACAACUGAACUCGGUGGCACCGGAGUGAUUGUUCAGACGGUGUUGCCUGGUUACGUUAUGACGAACAUGCUAAAUGACACGACCUUCAGUAAAUCCUCCUGGACAGUGCCGAACCCACAGGAUUUUGUAGAGGCCAAUUUCCGCACUCUAGGCCUCGAGUCACGCACUGCUUCAUUUUGGUACCACAAGCUUAUGCUUUCGUUUUGCGAAACCACGUGCUUCCUCCUUCCCGAUGCGUUUAGCUUCUUCGCUCGUAAACAUCUUGAGGGACUCAGAGUGGCAAGCGGACCUUUGAAUUCGCUAUCCUUCGCCAAGUAGUAUGAACGCCCGUGACCGACGAAGAACACCUAUACCAGUACGAAAUUACUAUAUCUUUACACCGAUUGUACUUUUUGUUUUCCGCGUUGUGAUUUCCCUUUUUUUGUGUGUUCCUCAACAUUUCCGUAAUAAUGGGGCUUACUAUCAUUUAUUAUAUUAUUCAAUUUGUUAAUCAGCCUCUUGUUACCGAUUUGUGUUGUGUAUUUAAGUACAAUGUCCCAACGCUGUA